AAUACCAACAAGAAAAAAUUUUAUAUAAUUGAUAGAAACAAUUUAAUAAGUUUGCAAUGUUCAGAAGAAAUUAUAAAUUUCGAAGCGCACUUUAUACAAAUGUGCAUUUAGUACAUGUUGGAAAUUUUUACAAAAAGCAAGGGAAUACAACAGUGACAGCGCCAUUAAAGAAGUUGAUGUUGUGGAGUUAAGACAUAUGUGUAAGCAUACGCAUAAAAUUCAAGUGACUUAACAAUAUAUCCAAUUAGUGGUAUAUGCGUAUAUAGUUACAGAGUAUUCUAUAUCCACAAAAGGCGACAAUAUCCUUAGUCCAUGAGGUUUUUUUAUUGUUUAGAAUCAUAAUAAACUGAAGACUAACCUUCUGAAAAAACAUGUCUAUGAAUAAUUUAACAAUUGAUGGCGAAUUCCGUUAUGUCGUGCAAUGGUUCAAUGAGUGGAGUGAAUUACAACGUGAUGAUUUCAUACCAAUACUUGUAGAAUAUCUAGCAACGAAAGCAACUAAUGCCACAUUUGAAAUAUCACCAACAGCAUCAGCGAAACGAGACACUAUAGACACUAAUAGCCAUACUAAUACUAAUGGUAUCGCUGAAGAUAUAAAAAACAUACUAAUAAUAAAUGAAAAACCGUUAAGUUUAUUUCAAUGUCGGAUAAAAUUAUUUCGUCAGUGGCAUCCGAAAUGGCCGUUGGAAUUUAAGGGAAAGUUGCAACAAAAAAUCAUAGAAAUCGACGAAAAGGUGGGUGCAAGAAUUGCAUCGGAAUUAAAACGACUUCAGAGUACAACGGCAGCAGCAAGUGCAUGCACGACCAAUGUUAAUGUUAAUGGUAAAUCUAUAACGGUUACUAAUGAACCGUCAAGUGAUGAAAAGAACUCCUUCAGUGAUUCAAUCUUAGAGGUUCUUAGAGAGGGUAAAGAAACAUCGGUUGAUGACAUUGAGAAUGUUAUGUAUAACGCUAACAAACCAAAUGACGACGAUGCUAUUUAUAAUAACGAUAAUAAUAACAAUACGCAGCAAAGGCAAAAGCAGCAAAAGAUAAACGACGUUGAUCUUAGCACAUCACAUGUUGUUACCGAAAAACCAGUUGAACAGGUUAAAAUGCAUAAACAACUCUUUAAUAAAGAAACGGCAUCAACAACAGUAACAGACCAACAGCAGCAAGAAGAACUGCAACAACAAACAAUGUCAGUCGCAGUUACAGUUAACUCAGUUAACUCGAUAGUUACACAAGCAAUUACUACUACUACUACUACUAAUGCUGAAGUUCCUCUAGUGGCAUAAAGCUAAUUAAAGCUCAGAUACAGCACACAACUUCAUAAUCAUCAUCAUUAUUAUGGGCUUUUAGUUUAAAAAAAAAAAAAGAAAUUGAAAUGCAUA